AUAGGAUAUUCCUGAAUUAAUAAAAAUUUUAUUCAAUUUUAUUAGGGAACUGGUUUUGUAAAGUUUCUUCCUUUCUCUUUAAGCCGAUUUUGGAUUAUCCAAGAUUAGACUUUUGGAUUAGACUUCAGCUUAAGCUUGGAAGCGACGGUCGAGUAACGUUUCCAAUCCGACAAGGAAUGCUCGUAUGUUGUUGCGGAUAAGAAAGCGAAGAACAAAGUUAGGUCAUGGAUCGAUAUUGUACAGUGUGGAGAGACCUAAGGGACCCUUCUUUAGCCCUUGUACAUCGUUCACAUGUACCACACGAUACGAUUUCCCCCGUAUUCGAAUCGAGUAAUCAACGAAAUGGUAUUAAAUCAACGCGCAUCAACAACAACGCAAUGCAGGAAGAAGAAGUCGCGUGCGCAUUCUUUAACGAGGUCGCAAUAAAAAAAUCUAUUCAUAAAACGCCUGUUUGUGCGUCUUUUUGGAAUGCAUACAAAGACUAGAGCAAAUGUGAGAAUUUGAGUCUGUAAAAUAAAAGAUUAAAAAAAUUUGAGAUUCACAAUUGGGGGGACGCAGCACUCGAGGUAAUAAUAAAAAUGCGUUCGAAGCUCGCUUGCGUCAGCGCGACUACGUUUCAGACGCUGUGAUCAUAUGCAAUAUUCAUAGUCAAUGUGUUUGACAACGCAAAUUACAGAGCGAUAAGAGAUCGUACUUUGAAAUGCCAACUCAAACUAUUGUACCUCUUGAUCCAUAGGUUCCAAUGACGUUUACGUUUCAAUACUUGCUAUUCAAUAUGUGUAUAAAUUAAACUCUUCGAGACGGCAAUGCAGUUCGAUUACAGCUUGUGCAUGUGCUAUGUCAUCAAUUUUAUCGGUGCUGUGGCAGAAAUGAUGAAGCAAAAAUAUCAAUCGCUAUUAAAAACUUAAAUGUGACAGAUAUUACCCUUUCCGAGAGAGUUCUGAUGUAGCUUUAACUUCAUCAAACUGUUAUCACAACUCUUUUAGCAGCAUAAUUGACUUAUCGACGAAAUAAACGAGAAAUGAUCGACGUUUUCUGGAAAACUUAACGUGAAAGGCUACACAUCGAGGCACCGUGGCGAAAUAGAUUUGAUUAAAUGCAAGCGAGCGUGGGAGCAGCCUCUGAUCCGGAUGCUCGUAAAAUUCUACCGUCUGCAGCGACCGGUUCCAUUAGCGGGAAUCAAAGUUUAAGGCCCUUUCUGGGUCGCAGACUCAAAGCCAGCUGUGUCGUCCAGUGUCAACGCGGCCGUUUGCUGAAAUUCUCUUUAUCCCCUCAGACAUAACAGUGAUAAUCUAAAUUUCCGGCAUCUUGAAGAACAACUUUAUUCGCUAAGGUACUUGAUGCAAAACGCAGUUACUAUAGUACGUAGCUGAUAUUUAUAUUCCCAUGAAGAACAAGAAAUAACUCUCGAUUCUAUACAUUCUAUAGUCCUUUUGCGUUGUAUUGAUGCUUUCGCUAGAAGUUCUAUUUGCGAUUCAAUCACCUUCUCCAUCUAGGGAAAGCUAUGUUUACGAUUCGUAUCGGAAACGAAAUAAUUUAUUUGAAAUCCUAGAUUUAUCUUGUAUGAAAACUGUGCUCAUCAUUAUUUUUAUGAUCUUAAAAAAAAGAAAUUCUAUUUAUUAUCUUAAUAGAAACGCGUGAUCCUUGAUUCUAUAAAAGAUACUAGGUUUGUUUCACUUGAGGGAAAUAUCAGAUCUGCUGUACUUUGGCCGUGAAUACACAUUGGAAGUAAAUUGAUUUAAUUUUGUAUGCUCUUUCCUAGCUGCGAAGAUCAAGAGGCGGAGCUGAAAUAUCAAACCGAGUUGAUCAAGGCUAACGCAGUUGGUUCUCGGUCAUAUCUGCGCGUGCCGGCAAUUUUCCCCGCGAACGCUGAUAUUCGACUUAGCUCAUUCGGCACUGAACUUGGAACUGUUUCACACAGCUAAUCGCUCGAUAUCGUUCGAGGACGACUCGAUAUCAUUAAAUUCGAAAGCAGAUGAUCUCUGCGAUGACAUCAGAGAGGUAACCGACGCCGCCCGGCGACGCUGAAGGACUCGGUCUAAAUUCGACCGCGCUGUGCCAAUGACACGCGCGCACAUCCGGUGAUUCGGAGCAGAUUCGGGUAGAACGGUCCACACUGAGAAAUCCCAAACUCUCGCCAGGCAUUCGACACGAUAGUUGCCGAGGGACCGCCUUCCAUCUAUAGCCCCCCUUCGCUUCGUCUACGCUUUCCGCCGAGCUGAUUCUUGCACAGCGGGUUCUCCUACUCUCCAGCUCUUCCCCUUUGCGCAUCCUUCUUCCUCACGUUGAAUACCAGAUCCCCGUUCUGUAUACCCACCUCUCUCCAUCUCACCCUACCCGUCGUGGAAAGGUAUCAGUCGUGAGGUCUGCGUCGGCGCCAGACGACCGGCGGUGUUGCCGUUUUGCUCGAACCGGUGCUCGCCACGAGGAGAGAGAGAGAGAGCGAGUCCCCGCUGGUAGAGCCGUGGCCGGAGCUCCGCUCCACAGUCGGUUCUUGUUUCUGAUACGUGGCGGGCGGACGCGGCCGGCCGCCGGAGCGCGUGAGAUAUGCACGGACGUGUCAUGUGACACGCGGUGACACAAGUGGUGCGCGCCGCGGCGUUGCUAGCACGACGCCGGACACGAAAGAAUAGAGCGAUUAUCGGUAGCGGAAGGAUAGAGGAGGCGAGGGAGAGGAGAGGCGCAGAAAGAAAGAAAGAAAGAGGAGAGAGGGAAAAGAGAGAGAAAAUAAACUGUACCCGCGUGCACAUCCUGGGUGCAUGCGUACGUGCGUGAGGACGACCUCGAUGGUUUGAACGUCGCGGUGGGAUCAGGCACUUCUUUCUCCCCCCGAUUUUCGGCAUUGUUCUAUCACGGUACCGGGUGUAAUUAUGCUACCGGCGCGACGUUACGACAGCACUGACGGACAACGAGAACGCGCCGCGCCACGAACAACCGAUACCGUCACCCUUACAUUAUCAUCAUUGUCUACCGUCACCGCCGUCGUUAGCAUUAUCGACGUCAAUCUACCAGGAGGUGACAACUGCUGCUACCCGUCGCCGUCGUGAAGUCAUCGAUUCUUGGCAAACGGUCCUUCGCGACGCGAAUUCCUUUCUUUGUGUCGCUCUGUCUCUGUUCUGUUCUAAGCUGCGGCAUGAAAUGUAAAGGGGAUGUAUUCUACCUGUAGGUAACACGAUAGCGAUUCUCGGAAGGUGUGAACACAGAAAAGAGAUUGGCUACUCGGGGGAAUUUCUCACGGAAUUUCGGGGCACGCGAGGAACAGAGCAAACGGCAUUCGAAAGCACGUGGAUUUGGGUGGUCGAGGCCACUGCCGACGAUACCGAAAGAGAAAGAGAAAAAACAGAAUAAAAGCAAAGAUACGGGCAAAAGCAGGCAGAAAAAUAUUGGAGUCGUGAACAGGAUCUUCGACCAUACGAUAAUCGUGGAGGACACGACUAGAAAGAAGAGAAAAAGCUUCGCUACAGUGGUCGUAGCGGACUCGUACACAAAGAGGCCCACCCCAUCAGGACAUGGGAGAUCGCUGUACCCGUGCACAUCCGUCGUGUCACAUUGCUGGUCUUAAGAAUGCGGGAGCGGGUGGCAAGGGGAGGUGGUGGUCCGCGCUUGAGGUGGUUGGUCUUUCCGAUCGCGGUGGUUGCGGUUGCAGCGGCGGUGGUGCGGGUCGAGGGUGCGCCUACGGACACUCUGUCGUCGGUCACGUCGUCGCCGUUAAAUUCGUUGGCCACGUUCCCCACGUUCUCGCGGAUAAAAUGUCCCGGUGGGUGCGAGUGUACGGCGGACAACAACGGCAGCAGCCUGGUGUGCGCCGAGCGCAGUUUCCUCGGCCUCGGCUUGUCGCGGAACGUCACGAAUGUGUCGCUGAAGAAUGUAUGGGCAGCUGCGAUUCCAGUUUCCGCCCUGGAAACAUCCGCAGAGCUGCGAAAUCUCGUCUGGUCGUCGAGCGGCAUCGAGAGUGUGGAAGCGGGUGCGUUCCGCGUUGCUACGCGGCUCCAGCGACUCGCUCUAGGUGAUAAUCGGCUGACGCAGCUGCCGUCGGACGUCUUCCAUCCAUUACAUCAACUACAGUACCUGAACCUAACCGGAAACAGGCUGAUCGCGCUGUCGAGGCAGCUGUUCCACGGCCUGGAUCACCUCCAGGAGAUUCGUUUGGCGGCGAAUCAGCUGACUUCGAUACCGUAUCAGCUGUUUGCGCCUGCCCGGGAGCUCGUACGGCUCGAUCUCAGUGGCAAUCGAUUGAUAUCAUUGCCGAAUCACAGCUUCCAGCCGAAUAACCAGCUACAGGAGCUGCAGCUAGCCGGCAAUCGUUUGACGAAGCUACCAUCGCGACUGUUCUCCAGUCUGUCACGGCUCCGUGUGCUUAAUCUCUCCGAUAACAAGAUCGAUACGUUGCCGCGCGGCUUGUUCAUCGAUCUUGUGACCUUGGAGCAUCUGGACCUUGCUAGUAAUCCGAUCGCGCGUCUCGCGGACACCGCGUUCCAAGGCCCCGUCGGUCUACGGUGGCUCAACCUGAGCCGGCUGCCGAUCACUUCGUUGCCUGCGAAUAUCUGGCGACCUGUUGGCAGGCUCAGGACUCUCUUGUUAUCGAAAACAAACCUAGAGGGUCUACAUAAUGGAGAUCUGGCUGGCUUGGCCGAACUGGAGACACUAGAAAUCAUGAAGAGCCCGCUGCGCGAGAUCGGCCACCUAACUCUCAAUGAAACGCCGUCCCUGCGUAAGCUCGAUCUGCGUUUUAAUGAUUUGGCCUUUCUGCCGGCGAACGUAGCGCAUCUGCCGUUAUUGAACGAGCUGCUGUUGGACGGUAACUCAUGGGCUUGUGACUGCCGCAUGUUCUGGUUCGUCAAGUGGGUAGAGAGCAGGACACAUUUGCGCGCAGCUUUCCGAACUGGGCUGAACUGCGAUACUAUAGACAAUAGUACCGCAAACGCCACCCUGCAGACCCUGCGUUAUCUCAAAUGCAGUGAGCCAAGUCUGGUACGUGCCACUGAAACCCAACAGUAUCUCCUACAGAAUUCCGUGCUGUUGGAGUGCGAGUUCAACGGGAAUCCGGCACCCUCUUUAACCUGGGUCACACCAAACGGCCUGGUAUUCCACUGGAUGCCAGAUCCGGAUUUUCCUGACGCUUUCGUCGACCAUCCGCACGUGCACAGUUGGAUGGACACCCGGAAACCGAUCGUCGACGACGUCGGCAUGCGCGUGUUGGAGAACGGCUCGCUGUACAUCCCGACUUUGCUGCGGCAACACGUGGGCAAGUACAAAUGCACGGCGGUGAAUCCAAUUGCCAACGAGACUGUCUACGUGACGCUGCAACUAGACCCGAUAACUUUGCACAAUAUCAAGCUCUUCAGCAUUCUCGUCGGUGCGAUCUGCGCCGUGGCGUUCCUCUUGCUGACGCUAUUGCUGCAACUGCUACGGUAUCUCUUCAUGAAGUGCGGAUGCAUCAAGUGGUGCAUGUGCUGCAGACGCGUGGGUGUGACGCCGCGGGCUAAGCAGAUCUACCAAAUGCUUGACAACAUCGAGCAGUAUAAAAGCCAGCAGCUUGAAAAGCUGCGAGAGAACUAUACUCAGCAAGUGCAUCGAAUCAAGGAUAACUGCGUGCGGCAAAUGGAAUGCAUCCGCGACAGUUAUGAAGGCCAGAUGCAACACAUACGGGACAUACGGGACUACGGCACCAGUCAACUGACUAUGAUACGAGAUCAGUAUUACGAUCAGGUAAAACGAGCGCGGUAUUAUACAACUAUCCAAUUGAACUGGGUGCGCGAGAAUUACGUCUUCCAACGCAACAAGAUUCGCAAAUUCAGCGCCCAUCAGGUGCUGCGGUUGCGUGAGAGCUACAAGUACCAGCAGCAGACGCUGGCCAAGGUGCUGGAGAACCUGCCAAACCUGUACUUUGAUAACUGCCGGAGCGGUUCGUGCGGCAAGAGCGACUCUAUGAUGUUCGACCCAACCAAAGACGAUAUUAACGGCAUGGACACGUACUUCAAGGCAAAGACGACGCUCGACGACAGCCUGGCAGCUGGGCCGAGCCUCGAAGAUGUCAACAGCGAGUACUACACGCCGACCGAGCUGUCGUCCGCCAGCCCGCAUGGGCAGAACGCAUUGGAAGGCAUCCACAUCAACUACAUCGAGGAGAGUGGCCCGCCGCUGCCGCCCCCGAUGCCCGCCUUGGUGCUGCCCCCCACCUCGACGUUGCUGCAGUGCAUCGACGAGUACGGUAGCACAUCACUCGUGCACAAGAACUAUGAGAAUGGCCAGGCGAUUUUCAAGGGCUCCAGCGGCGUGGACAUCCUGACCAAGGAAUACCGAGGCCCGGAGACCAUGGGUCUCUUGGCACUCAGCAACAGUCUACCCGAUCUUCCACGUGAGACCAAGCUCUAGCCGACGGCAAUUCAGGAGUCGAAAGAGCUGCUAAGAAGGGUUCCUGCUAUUGUUUAAGCUACUGGAGAGAGAGACUGUUCUCGGACGAUAAUCAGCGGUGGAGCACGGAACAGUGGAACUCAAUGGUGGGACAUUGGAUUCUCCCUGCUCCGUUUGCAUGCCCGCACGAGUGGGAAUUGCGUCCUCGACAUCGAGGAGACUGCCUGAAGCUUCUUCCGUUAUAAUCGUACGUUUCGACCGUACGACGGGUUCGAGAGAGGGAGAAUAUCCCCUGGAGAAUAUUCUCGGAUCGAGAGGAGCUCGUGUCAGUGCCAAGAAAGACGGGGCAAUCCCUUCUUCGAUAACUAUUGAUCGCGAAAAGUGUGUGCAUGUGUGGUAAUAUUUAGGAGAACAAAAAAAAUUACGGACAGUUUCCAAGGAUAUCUCCACUUGAUAGAUCGACCUUGCAAUCUGUCCGUUGUAAACGUGCUUUUUCAUCGGUGUCAUCACUUUUGGAUGGCUACUGUCAUCGUCAUCAUCAUCAUCACCGUCAUCAUCAUCAACAUUGUUCAUCAUUAUCAUUAUUGUCAUCAUCGUCAUCAUUGAAUGAAGAAAUAAGAGAUCGAGAGACGCGAAUUGCACCUCGCGCUUUCGGCUGUAAGCGAAUUUUCUCUCGUGAACACGUUGAGGAAAAAAAAUAACUUCGCCUAGCUGUCAAUUCCACGAGUCCUCGAGGUCGCGAUUUCCUCGACAGGGAAUCGUCCUUAAUACUUUUGUAAAUAGGCGUACGUGAAAGUUUUAUGUAUCAGUGCCCGCGAGAAAGUCAGAUCGCGUCCUCUGUUACGAAAGACUGAGACGGCGAGGAAACGUCCACGCGAUCGCUUAUUUUUAAUUCGCUUAUUUUCGCCUCCUUCGUUUCAAUUUUCUCGCGAAUAAUUGAAGAAGCGGCCGGCAUUUAUUCGCUGGCUUAUCCUUUUUUUUUCUUUUUUAAUCAUUCAUUUAGUGUAGUAAGUUACAAAUUGUUCGAGACAUAGAGGUAUAUGCUUAUCGGAAAGAGAACAGAAGAAAUCCUACCGGAAGGAGUAACGCACGUGCGUACUUAAUUUUUUUAAUUAUUACAAUUCGUAGUCUUUGCUCGCGCUAGUUGUUCGCAAGACAAGAAAACGCAUGGAAGAGAUCAUAAAUGUGUACAUCGGCAUUAGCAUUACUGAAAACAGCGCUUCGCAGAUGAGAAUUGUAUGUACAUUUUUAGUUGCCAUGAAAUUGUCUUGAUACGAGAGAUUUUUGCAGAGAUGCGACCUUUUGUUAAAUAAAUCCCAACGGAUCAUUUUCAAGCUAAAUCUAAAUCAAUUACUGAUUCCUGAUCCAGAUUCCAUUUCGCGAUCAGACCUUGCAGAAGAAACACGUUGGAAAUUUAAUCACUGGUUCAGCGAUCCUUCUUAGGACGUUCAUUUGCUAAGUGGACAAGUAAGAGCGACUGUGCUAAUUAGCAAUGAGCGAAGUGUACCUAGCCUCGGCCAGUUAUGAUCCCUAACUCUAAACGAUCCCAUUAACGGCGGCUCUACUCGCACCGAGAGAACAUCCUUGCAACAUCCGCAAUAAGAAGAUGGAAGUUUGAUUUAUUCUUUGAAUGCUGCAUACCAAUAUGCGAUACCAAAAUACGAUUGGCACGUGACAGCAUUUAGAUUUGUUCUUAAUUUUUGACGUAAGCUAACAAAGCAAUUAAUCAUUCAAGAAUGCAGUGUUCGAGAAGUUCCAGAGUUGAACGUGGACUUGUCGCGGAUCUGUGAUUCGGAUGUCAUCGAUCGUCCAACGAUUGUACUGCGGUAAACGUGUACCUUCGUGGCGAUGGAGGCAAAAGGGCACACGUGUCGUAUCGUACCGAUCACUCGUGCAAGCGCGACACCAUCGAUCACGGAAACGGCUGAGUCACUCCGACGACGACGACGACGACGAUGACGAUGACGACUACAGCGACGGCGGACGUAGAACGGAAAGGAAAAUGACCGCGGCGAUUAGGAGAACGUUGCCGUUAUUUUUGGAUCGUGUCAGCAGUCUGCGUGCACUGCGAGAGAAAGAUAAAGUUUUAUCGUACCUCGUCCGUCAAGCGGAGGGGAAUACCGCGUGCGGGAUAAGCCAGGCGAGGCGGAGCUGUAAUGGAAACCAUGUAGUAGAUCGCGCGACGUCGCGACGUCGUAACGACGUUACGUCCACACCGAAUCGAGAGAAACUUGUGCGGUCUAAAGCCGAGAUAAUGGGAAUCGAUAAGUCGCUACUCACUCGAACCCGAUCAAGCUCGUUAUCAGGACUGAGUUGAAUAAAAAAUGUAAUUACGGAAUCUUCUUUUGAGUUUCAUUUUUAAUAUGAAACUCAUGGAACGAGCGGAUGAUUAAUUACUUUAUAAACCGAUAAAUUUUAUCUACAAAAAAUCAAGUCUUUUUUUAUAUAUUCAAUAAAUAAGAAAUACUUGAUUAAAAAUAUUUGUCGAAAUCACUGCCGAACCUAUCGCGUAAUUUCUUUACGUUCUUUACACACACACACACACACACACACACACACACACACACACACACACACACACACACACACACACACACACACACACACACACACACACAACGAUAAUUUUAUAUUGGAAAUAUAAAUGUAGAUUAACGAUUACCAAUAAUUAAUCAUGCGGCAGUAUUUUGAACUCAUAAUUUAACGUACUUGAAGAAUCUAACUUUAGAGUGGACGUUCUGCGAUCAAAGUAAACAUAAAUUUAUAACUGCUACGUUCUGCUUGAAUAAGUACCAAAGUAACUGCAAAGCAAACCCGUCAUUACUAAUGUGUGUAUCUCACAUUUUUUUACAAAUACAUACAAUUAUUACGCAAGUAAUACCUUUGAUCUCUGCAACUCGAACACGUGAGAAUAAAAGAGAAUGCACAUAA